GCUCGAGUGUCUGUGGCUGCGGCGCUGAGGUCGGAGCGUCUGCGUGUGUACUGGCUGCUUUUGGGGCGGCUGCUGCUAGAGCUGGAACAUUUCCCGGGUUGGUGGCUCCUGCACAUUUUUUACACUUCUCCAGUUCUAUUUCGUACUAAAGAUUUAACUUUACAGAAGAAUGCAAUCAAGUUAUGGCUUUUUCUUUAGAAUUUGAAUAUGGAGGCCACAGGAACAGAUGAAGUUGACAAGCUAAAAACUAAAUUUAUAUCUGCUUGGAACAACAUGAAAUAUAGUUGGGUGUUGAAAACAAAAACAUAUUUUAGUAGAAAUUCCCCUGUAUUAUUGCUUGGAAAAUGUUACCAUUUUAAAUAUGAAGAUGAAAAUACACUGUUACCUGCAAGAUCAGGAUGUACAAUAGAAGAUCAUGUAAUUGCAGGAAAUGUAGAAGAAUUUCGUAAAGAUUUCAUUUCAAGAAUAUGGUUGACCUACAGGGAAGAAUUUCCUCAAAUAGAAGGCUCGGCUUUGACAACAGACUGUGGUUGGGGCUGUACAUUAAGAACUGGCCAGAUGCUAUUGGCUCAAGGACUCGUACUACACUUUCUUGGUAGAGCUUGGACCUGGCCUGAUGCUUUGAACAUUGAAAAUUCAGACUCUGAAUCAUGGACUUCCAACACUGUAAAAAAAUUUACUGCAUCAUUUGAAGCAUCACUUUCAGGGGAAAGAGAACUCAAAACCCCAACAGUUUCUCAGAAGAAAACAAUCAGGAGAUAUUCUGAUGAUCAUGAAAUGCGAAAUGAAAUUUAUCACAGGAAAAUCAUCUCUUGGUUUGGUGAUUCCCCUUUGGCUCUCUUUGGUUUACAUCAACUAAUAGAAUAUGGAAAGAAGUCUGGGAAAAAAGCUGGAGAUUGGUAUGGACCAGCUGUGGUUGCUCAUAUUUUAAGAAAAGCAGUUGAAGAAGCAAGACACCCUGAUUUACAAGGAAUAACUAUUUAUGUUGCACAAGACUGUACAGUUUACAGUUCUGAUGUAAUUGAUAAGCAGUGCACUUCCAUGGCCUCUGAUAAUAUAGAUGACAAAGCUGUUAUUAUUCUAAUCCCUGUUAGACUUGGUGGGGAAAGAACCAACACCGACUACUUAGAUUUUGUAAAGGGUGUUUUAAGCCUUGAAUAUUGUGUGGGUAUUAUUGGUGGCAAACCUAAACAGUCAUACUACUUUGCUGGAUUUCAAGAUGACAGUUUGAUUUACAUGGAUCCUCAUUACUGCCAAUCUUUUGUAGAUGUCAGCAUAAAGGAUUUCCCUCUUGAGAGAAGGACUAUUCAUCUGAUAUUUUGGAAGAUUCUACAAAGGAACCAGACAUUCCACUGUCCUUCUCCCAAAAAGAUGUCAUUUCGAAAAAUGGAUCCUAGCUGUACAAUAGGAUUUUACUGUCGAAAUGUUCAGGACUUCAAACGAGCUUCUGAAGAAAUCACUAAGAUGCUGAAAAUUUCUUCUAAAGAGAAAUAUCCCUUAUUUACUUUUGUAAAUGGGCAUUCCAGAGACUAUGAUUUUACAUCUCCUACAACCAAUGAAGAAGACCUUUUCGCAGAGGAUGAAAAGAAAAGAUUAAAAAGAUUUAGCACAGAAGAAUUUGUCUUGCUCUAAAGACUAGUACAUUUGUGCUUGUUGAGAAGAACACUUCUGCAGGGGGAACAAUGAAGAGAAACAAGUUUACUUGAAACCGGCUUAUUUUCACAAAUAUCUUAAUUUUAUAUGUUCUUUAAAAAAAGAACAUUUGGAAAUAUACAAGUUUUAAAGAUAUUUUUCUGAAGGAGAAAUGAUUUAAUGAAUCUUUAUUUCUAAUAAAUAUCAAGUGAUUCUGGCU